UAGGCUGUGAUGUGAGGCACAGGCAUGCUCAGUAGCCGGUGCCUACCCCUCCUAUCUCAGCAACAGUGCCUACAGCACUAGGAGACUGCUUGCAGCAGAGCCGAGCGGAAAGCCAUCUUUGCUGGAGAGGGAGGGAAGGCAGCCGCCCCUGAGCCGCUCGGCACCCGCUCGCCCCUCACCAUGUCUGCCCCAGUUCCUACACAAGGUCCUACCAGUGCUGGGUCUGCAGGACCACCUCCUGCUGCCAACAUAUCAAGCAACAAACGACUGCAGCAGACACAAGCCCGGGUGGAUGAGGUGGUAGACAUCAUGAGAAUGAACGUGGACAAGGUGCUAGAAAGAGACCAGAAGCUAUCAGAGCUUGACAACCGGGCAGAUGCAUUGCAAGCAGGUGCCUCACAGUUUGAAACCAGUGCAGCCAAACUGAAGAGAAAAUACUGGUGGAAAAAUUGCAAGAUGAUGAUCAUCCUCGGUGUAGUAUGCGCAGUCAUUCUCAUUAUAAUUAUAAUUUAUUUCUCCACUUGAAAAAGCAAAGAAGGAAGACUUGGCACAACUUUGUUCAUAUUGACCAAUGAUAUCAGUGUUCCUUUGUUGAACUCCGCUUUUUAAUUCCCAAUCUCGUGGGAUUUUUGCUUGUAAUAACCCAUAUGCAUUCAGUGUGGUGUGUUUUGGAAUUCUGUUGUUUCCACGAGAAACUGUACCAGCUAAAUACUGCCAAGUAGUUCCAUACACUGUCUUAUCACCGUGUCUUAAAAUGUGUACGCACUGACCUUCAGAAACUGUAGUAUAUGAAAAGCAUCCUAAACAUCUUGGAAUAAGAGAAUGCAGUUAUGGGGAAGCUCCUGCUUAAAGGGACACUGUCAGGUGGAUUGGACCCAAACCUAAGGUUGAAGCAAAUAUUAGGGCUGGAAUUCUCAUUCUGAGUGCGUAAAGUUGGAUGGAAAAAUCCACUGUUAAUUGUAACUUUUUGAGGUAGUAUCUGCUGCGCCCAUGGAAGAGAGUGGUACCCACAAUAUUUGUGUAAGACAUUUAAACUUCAACACCUAGCACAGAUAUUUUUUUAUUCUUAGCUGUAGUAUUCAAGUCUACAAACAUUGCCUGCAGAAAAUAAAUAGAACUGGAUUAGCAUCUUAUGUGGAUAGAAAUUUUUUCCUUAUGGGGUACUCUGUACAAACAGAAUAGCCUCAAUAUGAAAACCAGAAAGAAAACUGUACAACUGAAAAAGCAUUAGCUAGAACAAUCUUUAAAAAGCCAGGUUAAAUGCAGGAAGGGUGAUGCAAGCAUCAUGUAUGGCCAAGAUCCAGACUCUUUCCAAAAAGUCAAGGCACUGUUUGUCAUUCUUGAAACUCCAGUCUCCAAUAUUGAUGGCCCUGACUUAAAGCACAUGAACAACUUUGGUGAUGUUUGUGGCUUCCCAGCACAACUGUAGGAAGCUACCUCUGCACCACUUUGCAGAAAUGAUCCCCACAGUGAGGAUCAUUCAAAAUCAAGAAGAUGAUGAUGUGGGUAAACAGAGGGAACAGUAGAGAGAGGCUGAGAGAGGGAAGGGUGCCUAGCAAAGCUUUCCUGGAGAAGAGGAAGGCAAAGAAGCACUGAUCCAGAGUGUUGGUGUUAACAGGCUUUUAAAGUAUUUUAUUUGUGUGUGUGUAUAUAGUUCAUAAAUUAUAGUGUUGUCUUUUUAAAGCGCUCAUCCGAGAUAUUUUCGUGCUUGAUUACUUUAAACCAACAUCUUAUGUAACUAAGAGAAAUUAUAUAUUGCUGUUUGAAAGUUCUUGCAUGUUAUUGUCAUAGGGCUUCUCCCAAAUGUUGAAUUCCUUGUAUUUAUUUAUUUAU